ACCUGCUCCGCCUGCUGCGCUGCCUCCUGCCCGACCUGCGCCGCUUCGCCCUCGUCACCCUCUUCCUCGUGCUCUCCUCCCUCGGGGAGAUGGCGAUCCCAUACUACACGGGGCGCAUGACAGACUGGAUCGUGAGUGAGGAUGACCCCUCGGGCUUCAGUUAUGCCAUCUGGAUCAUGUCCCUCAUCACCAUCUUCAGUGCUGUGACGGAGUUCCUGUGCGACUGUGUCUACAACACCACCAUGAACCGCAUCCACACACGGCUCCAGGGCCAGGUGUUCAGCUCUGUCCUGCGCCAGGAGAUUGCCUUCUUCCACACCAACCGCACUGGCGACAUCACGUCACGCGUGACAGCGGACACAGAGGCGGCGAGUGAGGCACUGAGCAAGAAGCUGAGCCUGCUGAUGUGGUACGGGGCACGCGGCGCCUUCCUCUACAUCCUGAUGCUGCGGCUGUCCCUGCGCCUCGCCAUCUGCACCGCUAUGGGACUGCCCCUCAUCCUCCUUGUGCCCAAGUUCUCCGGCAAGCUGCAUCAGAGCCUGGCGCAGCGGGUGCAGGAGUCACUGGCCCGGGCCAAUGAGGUGGCAGUGGAGACAUUUCAGGCCAUGCCCACGGUGCGCAGCUUUGCCAACGAGGAGGGAGCAGCGCGGAGCUAUGCCGCCCGACUGCAAGACACCUACCACCUGAACCAGAAGGAAGCUGCUGCCUAUGCCCUCUCCACCUGGACCACCAGUCUCUCGGGGCUGGCUCUGAAGGUGGGCAUCCUGUACUAUGGGGGCCGGCUGGUGACAGCCGGUGCCAUCAGCAGUGGGGACCUGGUCACCUUCGUCCUCUACGAGAUGCAGUUCACCAUCGCCGUGGAGGUGCUGCUGUCUGUCUACCCCAGCGUGCAGAAGGCCGUGGGCUCCUCUGAGAAGAUCUUUGAGUACAUGGACCGAACGCCCCAGAUCACCCCUUCUGGGACCCUGGAGCCCCCCAACCUACGCGGGCACGUCCAGGUGUGCGAUGUCUGGUUCUCUUACCCCGGACGGGAUGACACUCCUGUUCUCAAGGGUGUCUCACUGGAGCUGAGGCCUGGGGAAGUGACAGCACUGGUGGGGCCAUCGGGUGCUGGGAAGAGUGCGCUGGUGGGCCUGCUGGAACGGUUCUAUGAGCCCCAGCGUGGCCGCAUCCUACUGGAUGGGCGGGACCUGCGGGACUAUGAGCACCAGUACCUGCACCGCCAGGUGGCACUAGUGAGUCAGAAGCCUGUGCUGUUCGCCCGCUCUCUGCAUGACAACAUCGCCUAUGGGCUGGGGCCCCAGAGCCAUCAGGAGGUAGAGGCGGCUGCCCGGCGUGCCAAUGCCCAUGCCUUCAUUGCCCGGCUAAGCCAUGGCUAUGACACAGACGUGGGCGAGAUGGGGGGCCAGGUCUCCGGGGGGCAGCGGCAGGGAGUGGCCAUUGCCCGAGCCUUGAUCCGAGACCCCUGUGUGCUCAUCCUGGAUGACGCCACCAGCUCCCUGGACACCGAGAGCCAGCUGCGGGUGGAGGCGGAGGUGUACAAGGGGGCACGGGCCGGGUGCUCGGUGCUGCUCAUCGCCCACCGGCUCAGCGCGGUGGAGAGGGCUGACCGUAUCCUGGUGCUGGAAGAUGGCAUCGUGUGGGAGCAGGGCACCCACCAGGAGCUGCUGGCACAGCGCGGGGCAUACUGGCGCCUAUUCCAGGCCCAGGAGCAGAAUGGGAACAACAGGUCUGAUGCCAGCAGUGAAGAGGAGUCUGGACCGGCCGAGUUCCUGCGGGGCCCCGCGGGUCGCAUCCAGCUGCUGCACGGCACCACCACGCUGGCCUUCAAGUUCCAGCACGGCGUGGUUGUGGCCACCGACUCCCGGGCCUCGUCUGGGAGCUACAUCUCCACCCUGCAGUUCAACAAGGUGAUCGAGAUCAACCCCUACCUUCUGGGCACCAUGUCGGGCAGCGCCGCCGACUGCCAAUACUGGGAGCGGCUCCCUCCCCAACACGGCAGGGAAUCCCCGCGGGUGGGCGGUUCGCCGCGGCCUGCCAAUACUGGGAGCGGCUCCUUGCCAAACACUGCAGGUGAUCCCAGCGGGCUCUACGCACUGCGCAACAAUGAGCGGAUCAGCGUUUCAGCUGCUUCCAAGCUGCUGGCCAACAUGCUGGGCGAGUACCGUGGCAUGGGGCUGUCCGUGGGCAGCAUGAUCUGUGGCUGGGACAAGAAGGGCCCCGGGCUGUACUACGUGGAUGACAAUGGGACCCGCCUCUCCGGCCCCAUGUUCUCCACGGGCAGUGGGAAUACUUACGCCUAUGGGGUUCUGGAUAGUGGCUACCGACCCGACCUCACUGUGGAGGAGGCCUAUGCCCUGGCCCGUCGCGCCAUCGCCUAUGCCACCCACCGCGACUCCUACUCUGGGGGCGUUGUCAAUAUGUAUCACAUGAAGGAGGAUGGCUGGAUUCGGGUGGGACGGACAGAUGUCAGCGACCUGCUGCAUGCCUACACAGAGGCCAAGCGGCGCGGGCUGGUGUGGCCGCCUUGCCCUCCCCUGCCAUACCUGUCUGGAGCUUUCAUCUUCCUCACUGUGGCUGUCAUCGGUGAGACAUUCAUCCCCUACUACACUGGCCGCAUCAUCGACAUCCUGGGUGGCCACUAUGAUCCUGAUGCUUUCACCACUGCCAUUGGCCUCAUGUGCUUGAUCUCCUUCAGCAGCUCCCUGGCUGCCGGCUGCCGAGGGGGUCUCUUCACAUUCGUGCUUUCCCGGCUCAAUCUCCGCCUUCGUCGGCUGCUCUUCUCCUCCCUGGUGCACCAGGACCUGGCCUUCUUCCAGCAGGUCAAGACAGGGGAACUGACGUCGCGCCUCUCCAAGGACACGACUCUGAUGAGCCGCUCUGUGCCUAUCAAUGCCAACGUCUUUCUGCGCAGCCUGGUGAAAGCACUGGGCCUUUACGGCUUCAUGCUGGGCCUGUCGUGGCGCCUGACACUGCUCACGCUGCUGGAGUCACCCCUCACCAUGGCCUCCCAGAAGGUCUAUGAUGCCCGCUACCAGGCUGUGCUCAAGGCCAUUCAGGACUCCGUGGCAUACUCCGGGGAGGUGGCACGUGAGGCCGUGGCCUCUGUGGAGACUGUGCGUAGCUUCGGCACCGAGAAGGAGGAGGCACAGCGCUACAAGGCAGCUCUGGCCCACACCCGGCACCUCAAGGACCGCCGGGACCUGGAGCGGGCCCUCUACCUGCUCUUCCAACGGCUGUUGCAGCUGGCCAUGCAGGUGCUGAUGCUGUACUGCGGCCACCAGCAGAUCCAGACCGGGCUCAUGACCAAGGGUGGUCUGGUCUCCUUCCUGCUCUACCAGGGUGAAGUGGGCAGAUACGUACAGACCCUGGUGUACAUAUAUGGGGACCUGCUGAGCAACGUGGGUGCGGCAGAGAAGGUGUUUGAGUAUCUGGACCGGGUGCCAGCCAUGAGCACUGAUGGAACCCGGGCACCCACCAUGCUGCAGGGCCAUGUCACCUUCCGGGAUGUCUCCUUCACCUACCCCUUGCGCCCCGACCUCCCCGUCCUCCAGAGGGUAUCAUUUGAGCUGCAGCCUGGGACGAAGACUGCGCUGGUGGGGUUGAACGGUAGCGGGAAGAGCACGUGUGUGGCACUGCUGGAACGGUUCUUCGAGCCCCAGGCCGGGGAGAUCCUGCUGGAUGGGGAGCCCCUGCACACCUAUGACCAUCGCUACCUGCACCGACAGGUGGCACUAGUGGGGCAGGAGCCCAUGCUUUUCUCUGGCUCUGUGCGGGACAACAUCACCUAUGGGCUGGAGAGCUGCAGCAAGGAGCAGGUGAUGGCCGCAGCCCAAGCAGCCCAUGCUGCCGAGUUUAUCGCCACGUUGGACCAGGGCUUGGAGAUGGAGGUGGGGGAGAAGGGUGGACAGCUGUCGGUGGGGCAGAAACAGCGAAUUGCCAUCGCCCGGGCCCUGAUCCGGCAGCCGAGGGUGCUGAUACUGGAUGAAGCUACUAGCGCAUUGGACGUGGAGAGUGAGGCCUCAGUCCGUGCAGCAGUGCUGAGUGGAGGGGCCCGCACGGUGCUGGUGAUUGCCCACCACAUGGCGAUGGUAGAGGGAGCCGACCACAUCGUGGUGCUGGAGGGUGGUGCCGUGGCUGAGCAGGGGACGCAUGAGGAGCUCAUGGCAUGCCGGGGCCCCUACUACAGCCUGGUGCAGAGGCAGUUUGCUGAGUAACCCACUGCCUAGGGAAGGAACCCCUCUGCCUCCCAACAGGGCCUGUAACCUAGUUGGGAGUGGGCAGCUGUCCCUGGGCGGGGGGAAGUAGUAGAAGAGGUUGGGGAGAGCCAGAAACAAGGGCAGGACAUGGGGUGGGUUGUGCUUUAUCCUGGUUACCUUGCUGUGAGUAUCUAGUGUUACCUGCAUGUUGGUUGGGGGGGCAGGUAUGUCUUGGAGCUGGGGUUGGGCUGUGCAAGGUAUUUUGUGAAAUAAAUAAAGAGCUGAAAUAAUGCAUGAGCCUGUCAUUGUCUG